AUGGAUGUCGAUGUGGGGAAGAUGCCCGAACCGCACAGGCUAUCGCCUACAACCGACCCUGGAUCGAUACCAACACUUGAUGGCUGGAUUGAGAACCUUAUGAACUGCAAACAGCUGGCAGAGAACGAUGUCUCGAGACUUUGUGACAGGGCUCGAGAGGUUCUGCAAGAAGAAUCGAAUGUGCAGCCAGUAAAAUGCCCUGUGACUGUCUGUGGUGACAUCCACGGUCAGUUCCACGAUCUGAUGGAGCUUUUCCGAAUUGGUGGACCAAAUCCAGACACCAAUUAUCUCUUCAUGGGUGACUACGUUGAUCGUGGCUAUUACUCCGUCGAAACCGUCACUCUCCUCGUCGCCCUCAAAAUCCGAUAUCCUUCGCGCAUCACCAUACUCCGAGGUAACCAUGAAUCCCGCCAGAUCACCCAAGUCUACGGCUUCUACGACGAGUGCUUGCGAAAGUACGGCAACGCCAAUGUCUGGAAAUAUUUUACCGAUCUCUUUGACUAUCUCCCACUCACUGCCCUCAUCGACAACCAGAUUUUCUGCCUACACGGAGGACUGAGUCCCAGCAUUGACACAUUAGACAAUAUCAGAAGUCUAGACCGUAUCCAAGAAGUGCCGCAUGAAGGACCAAUGUGCGACCUGUUGUGGAGUGAUCCAGACGACAGAUGUGGAUGGGGGAUCAGUCCUAGAGGGGCUGGGUACACGUUUGGUCAAGACAUCAGCGAAGCAUUCAACCACAAUAACGGCCUGACCUUGGUGGCAAGAGCGCAUCAGCUUGUCAUGGAGGGUUACAAUUGGAGCCAGGAUCGGAACGUGGUGACUAUCUUCAGUGCACCCAAUUACUGCUACAGAUGUGGUAAUCAGGCUGCAAUUAUGGAGAUAGAUGAGCAUCUAAAGUACACUUUCCUACAAUUCGACCCUUGUCCGCGAGCAGGCGAACCGAUGGUCAGUAGACGAACACCAGAUUACUUCCUUUAG